AUGUGGUGGAUGACCAAGAACCACAAUCCUUCGGGCGCAAGUGACGGAAGCGAAAACAUCCAAUCGUGGAACUUGGAGCAGCAUGCAGUCUACAUGGCAACGGUCGCAAAGCAUUUCAAGGAUAACUGGGGAGUCGAAUUCGAAACUGUGGACCCUUUCAACGAGCCGAGUGCGAACUGGUGGAAGGCUGACGGCACUCAAGAAGGAUGCCACGUUGAUGUGUCCACCCAAGCCAAGAUCGUCGGUUAUCUCGACACGCAGCUCUCGAAUCGUGGGCUCUCAACAAAGAUCGCCGCCUCAGAUGAGUCGUACUACGAUCAAGCUGCCACCACGUUGAAGACAAUCGGCAGUAGCGCACUCAGCAAGAUCGACCGGAUCAAUGUUCAUGGCUACCAGUACGGAAGCGGCGACCGCGCCGGUGUUCACACACUGGCUACACAGGCCGGGAAAUCUCUCUGGAACAGCGAAUACGGUGAUGGCGUGGCUUCUGGCGAGAACCUUGCCAAGUACCUCUUCCAGGAUCUUCGCCAGCUGAAGCCUACGGCGUGGGAGUACUGGCAAGUCCUCGACCAGGGAGGCUGGGGUCUCAUCGACGCGGACAAUGAUGCGAAAACACUGGGUAAAUCGACACAAAAGUACUACGUGCUUGCGCAGUUCGCCCGGCACAUGCGCCCGGGUAUGAAAAUCCUCGAUGGUGGCCGAGACAACGUCGUCGCUGCCUACGAUGCUAGCAAGUCGUUGUUGGUCAUCGUGGCCGUGAAUUGGGACGCUGCACAGUAUAUCAACUUUGAGCUGUCGGGGUUCUCGGGGCGUCCUUCAUCCGGCGCAACUGUCUCGAGGUGGAGCACCCAGAUCGGGAGCGGCGAUCGUUACGUGCAACAUCUCGAUACCACGAUCAGUGGCACAAAGUUCUGGUCGAAGUUCGAGAAGAACAUGGUGCAGACUUUCGAAGUAACAGGGAUCAAGUUGUAG